UUGUACCAACGCAGAAACCCUAACAAAAGAACAAAGCUGAAGAGUGAUCGAUCAUGGAGGAGAAGAAGCAGAAGAGCUUUAACGACAUCCUUCCUCUUGACCUGAUUCAAAGAAUCUUACUGAGGAUUCCGGUCAAACAUCUCGGCCGCCUCAAGUGCGUUUCGAAGCUUUGGCACUCUCUCAUUUCCGAUCCAGACUUCGUGGAAUCGCAUCUUCACUUCUCUCUCGCACUCACCCAUGCGUGCAUAAAAAACAAGGACUCCACGGAAGCUUACAUUCUUCACCUAGAAGAAGCAUUUAACGACAAAAAUUAUAAAGUCAAAGAGGUAUCUUUCCCUUUGAAGAAGAAGUCACUUUCUGAGUUUCGUGUAUAUACAGAGAGUCUCUUGCUGUUCCCUAGUAAUGGCCAUCAGAGUCAGAAAGAUGUCAAACAAGGAAAGAGAAUUAGAAGAGAAUGAGUGCACAACAGUGCCACUUAAUUCUGUUGUAAAUAAAGUGUAG